ACGCUAUGACGAUAGCGACACUCGCGUUCGGUUGUGCAUCGUGCAAUCCGUGCAUCAGUCGGACACGUGCUUCCAAAACCGACAUCUCGGAUUUGUAGUGGAUUCAGCGGGCACAAUAUUUAAUUUGAUUGCUUUAUAAACAAUACUUUGUAACUUUUUCUAUACAAACUCGAUCAGCAUUAGUGACGUCAUUCGCAAGGCAGCUCCUAGACUUUUUCUCUCCUCCGUGACCGAGAAGCAGGGAGAACGAGAGUUCGACUGGUCGCCAUUUUGUGGAUCAUUUUGCUCUUCUCACGCUCCGGAGAAUCUGCCACAAAUUCUCUCCAAAAAGGAAUAGCCGGGCUCCCUAAUUUCCUUCUCCGCGGCACCGGUAAAUCCUCGAGACUCCGCCAUGUCUGAAACUGACUGGGACACCGUCACCUACCUCCGCAAGAAACCUAUGAAGGCCAGUCAGCUGAGGUCCCAACAGGUCAUCAAUGCAGCACAGAGGCAAGGCGUUCCCAUCGAAACCACGAAAAAGUUCAACGCGGCAACGAACAAGAAGGCUGCGACGACCCUGAACACGUCGAAGUUGGAUCGGGAGACGGAAGAAUUGCAUCAUGACCGCGUCGGACUGGACGUGGGACGGCUCAUCCAGCAGGGCAGGCAGGCCAAGAACCUGACGCAGAAAGAUUUGGCCACUAAAAUCAAUGAGAAGCCUCAAGUGAUCAAUGAUUAUGAAGGUGGGAAAGCCAUCCCCAAUCAGCAGGUCUUGGCUAAGAUUGAAAGAGUCAUUGGAAUGAAGUUACGUGGGAAGGAGAAAGGCUUGCCUCUGAGCAUGGAAAAGAAGAAGUAGCAGUGUGAUUGAGAUCAGAGCAGGCAUGAUACACGUGUCUUGAUUUUUGUGGAGUGACCAAAACGAAAGCCUCGUUUGGGGGGGGGUUGAGGUCCUUAUUUUCGUCCCUUCGUGCAUAUCGCGAGCUCCUUGCACAGUUUUUCAUCGGCAGCACAACCACACAAAAUCUGGCACGCAAUGAAAUCCCUGGUGUGUGUCUGUGGCCAAGUAAACACAGAAAUGAAUUCAGAGCAAGGACGGCCAGGUGUGUUUCACGGCACAAUGAGUAGCGGCAGCCGAGAAGGUCGUGCAAGCGGCCGAAGCGUGCAUUUUCUUCCCCGUGUACUCUUCAAUCUCGCCAGUCUCGUCAGAGUGGCUUAUGUGGCGUUCGUUUAUUCUGGCUGCUUUGCCAGUGUGCAUCUGUCUGUACAAUAAAGUGCUUGUUUGGAAA